AACUGUUGACUUUUUAGCCCCCGUUUCCUCAUCUACCACCACCUCUGACAUGGAAAUUAUUUUCUGAGUACUUCACACAUGAGCUCUCCAUUAUUCUAACAGUUAGAUUGGGAGAAGGGGGAGGCCCAUAUCUUAUUUUCUCCAUUCCAGAGCCUAAUCCCAGAAUUGUCCCCACCCACUAGUACUCACACAACCUUGUCAUAGGGCGACUAUUACCACUCCCAAGGUGUCACAAACAGAAAGGAGUUGCCGCUGGCACCGCUGCAAUGCUAGGGCAAGGCAGCCAGGCUGCGCUCUUUCCUCACUGGUGUCUGGGCUUGGCUAAGCCAGGAGAAGCAGCAUUCUCUAAGGGAAAGAAGCCUUCUCAAAUGGGAACAAAAAUGAGUGUGAGGCGCACACCCAUCCUGGGCUCUAUGUGAAUUUGGGCUCUUCAGCACCUGUUGCCUUCACAAGCAGCUUUUCCUCCUCCUUCUCUGCACUCCCCAGAACCAAAGAAUGUGAAGGGAGUCCAUGGAGGGCUCACGUCCCCGCGCCCCGGGCGGCCACUUAGCGCCCUCACCGCCGGCCUUCGACGGCGAACUGGAUCUGCAGCGCUACUCCAACGGGCCAGGAGUGAGCACCGGGUCUCCAGGAAUGGGAGCGGUGGGCUGGUCUGAGAGUCGCACUGGCGAAAGGCGCUUUCCCUGUCCUGUAUGCGGGAAGCGCUUCCGUUUCAACUCCAUCCUGGCUUUGCACCUGCGGGCGCACCCAGGCGCCCAGGCCUUCCAGUGCCCGCACUGUGGCCACCGUGCAGCGCAGCGGGCCCUAUUGCGCUCGCACCUGCGCACGCAUCAGCCUGAGCGCCCGCGCAGCCCCGCUGCGCGCCUGUUGCUGGAGUUGGAGGAGCGUGCGCUCCUGCGUGAGGCCCGUUUGGGGAGAGCCCGAAGCUCAGGGGGCGUGCAGGCCGCCGCUGCCACUGAGGGCCUGACACGGCCCCAAGCUCCGUCGUCGUCCUCCUUCCGUUGCCCCUUCUGCAAAGGCAAGUUUCGCACUGCGGCAGAGCGCGAACGCCACCUGCACAUCCUGCACAGGCCCUGGAAGUGCGGCCUAUGCAGUUUCGGCUCCAGCCAGGAGGAGGAGCUACUGCACCACAGCCUGACAGCCCACGGAGCUUCUGAGCGCCCCCUGGCGGCCACUUCGGCUGCGCCCCAACCUCCGCCUCAGCCUCCACCUCAGCCAGAACCCAGAUCGGUCCCCGAGCCUCCGGAGCCUGAGCCGGAGCCCGAACGUGAGGCAACCCCUGCCCCCGCUCCUGCCGCUCCGGAGGAGCCCCCUGCGCCUCCAGAGUUCCGUUGUCAAGUGUGUGGCCAGAGCUUUACGCAGUCCUGGUUUCUCAAGGGCCACAUGCGUAAGCACAAGGCCUCCUUCGAUCAUGCGUGCCCCGUGUGUGGCCGCUGCUUCAAGGAGCCCUGGUUCCUUAAGAACCACAUGAAAGUGCACGCCAGCAAGCUGGGCCCACUGCGUGCGCCGGGGCCUGGUUCCGGGCCUGCCCGGGCCCCCCAGCCGCCUGACCUGGGCCUGCUGGCCUAUGAGCCACUGGGCCCCGCGCUGCUUUUGGCCCCAGCGCCCACCCCGGCCGAACGCCGUGAGCCUGCAAGCCUGCUGGGCUACCUGAGCCUGCGAGCUGGCGAAGCUCGGCCCAAUGGUGAGGGUGCAGAGCCUGGGGCUGGCCGCAGCUUCGGAGGCUUCCGGCCCCUGCCGUCUGCUCUCCCAGCCCGGGCUCGGCGGCACCGUCCUGAGGAGCCUGACGAGGAAGAGGAGGUGGUAGAGGCGGAGGAGGAGACCUGGGCUCGGAACAGGGCACUAGGCCCUCUGGCUUCACUGCACCCGCGCCCAGGGGAGGGGCCGGGGCACUCAGCACCUGCUGCGGGGGCCCAGGCAAGGCCCACCGCCACACAGGAAGAGAAUGGGCUGUUAGUUGGAGGGACCCGGCCUGAAGGGGGCCGAGGGGCCACCGGCAAGGAUUGUCCCUUCUGCGGAAAAUCUUUCCGCUCAGCGCAUCACCUCAAAGUACACCUGCGAGUACACACAGGCGAGCGCCCCUACAAGUGUCCACACUGCGACUACGCAGGCACCCAGUCUGGCUCGCUGAAGUAUCACCUGCAGCGCCACCACCGGGAGCAGAGGAGUGGGGCUGGCCCCGGGCCACCCCCGGAGCCACCGCCCCCUUCCCAGCGGGGCUCAGCCCAGACAUCCGGGGCCAAGGCGGCCUCGCAGCCUGCGACUUGGGUGGAGGGCACCGCAAGCCCCCGGUCUUCUAGCGCCGCUGUACAAGGGUCCCGUCGAAAGCCCUCUAGCCCCGGGAGGACCCUGCGCAACGGGCGAGGCGGUGAGGCCGAACCCCUGGACCUGUCCCUGCGGGCGGGGCCGGGAGGCGAGGCCGGGCCAGGGGGUGCCCUCCACCGUUGCCUCUUCUGCCCCUUCGCCACUGGAGCCCCGGAGCUCAUGGCCUUGCACCUGCAAGUGCACCACAGCCGUCGAGCUCGGGGCCGCCGGCCGCCCCCGGCUGAUACUUCCCCACCCUAUAUCCGAGCACCAUCAGGAGAGACCCCUCCCAGUCCUCCGCAGGAAGGGGAGGAGGGCCCCGGGCUGUCGAGAUCCGGAGAGGUGGGGCUGGGGGGUCAAGAACGGUAGGGAGCCCUCUUAGGGGCAGUUAGCUUAGUGAGCUUACCCCGCGGGAGCGGGGAGCACUAGAGGUAGUUGGGUAGAGCAGCCAGCAGGGGGCAUCGUGGGACCCAUAUCCCAGCCCCAGGUGGACCAGAGGUGAAGGGUGUGGAGGGCCUAGGAGGGUGGGCAGGCGGUACCCACCCAGGGGAGUCACAGUGCCUUAGAAGUGGCAGGGGUGAGGAUCAAAGAACGGGGUCCCAGGGCUGGCAGAGAGGGUUGUGCCCCUGUUGAGGAGUCGCUCUGCCAGUCCUUGCUGGUCCAUAGGCGUGAGAGUUUAUUUUUGUACAAUGGGUGGGGGUGGGGGGCACUGUACCCUUCUAAGCCCCUUCGGGGGGCCCUGUAGACGUUGCUAUUUUUGGUACGAUUCCUGUCAUCCCUGUCGCAGAGUUGUGUCCCUAAUAAACAGGUGUCUUGAGGCACAGGACACUGUGUCGGUCUGCCUAUGUCCUG